UUUUGUCAUUUUUGUACAAUUCUAUUAUCUAUUCAUCCUUUCUCCUUAACAAAAUAUUUCCUUUCCUCCUUUCGGUGCUUCUAAAAUGGGAAAGGCGGUGGUUUAUCCGGCUUUAGCCACCGCCUUCGUCAUUCUCAUGAUCACUUCUCGGAUCAACAAACACGACAACAAACCUAACCUUGUUGGUUUAAACCGUCGUCUUGGAAACCCUUUUCCGAUUCCGACAUUUGAUCCUUUAGUCGUAACAAUUCAUAGAGUGGCCGAGGCAAAAGGAUUGUCCGAACAAGGUGAUCCUGGCCAUAGGAUUGAUACGAACGUUGUCGUUGAGGCUGCCGGAGAUGCCCAUGAAUAUGUAAGUGAUGACGGGGCAUUAAAUAUGACCCGAAGAUUGAUGUUUUUAUUCCCAUUUAUAGACAAUGCACCAAAGGAUGGAAAGGUAAAUUUUGAGGAGCUACAGAAUUGGAACAAGGAACAAGCUGUUGAACGCUUGAUUUAUAGAACAGAAAAAGAAAUGGAAUUGCAUGAUAAAGAUGAUGACGGAAAUAUUAGUUUUUCUGAAUAUUUUCCUCAAUUUUCCAAGGAGCACAUAGAGAAAAAUUCAGUGGCACAUGGUGAGGCUGGAUGGUGGAUGAUACAAUUCAAAAAUGCAGAUGUUGAUCAAGAUGAUUUUCUUGACACUGAUGAAUUUAAUGACUUUUUACAUCCUGAAGAUAGCAGCAAUGAAGAAAUUCAGAAGUGGAUAUUGAAAGAAAAAAUCAGGUUGCUAGACGAUGAUGGAGAUAAGCAGAUCAAUUUUGCAGAAUUCUCGACCCAUGUUUACAGUGUUUACAAGAUUUAUGGAGAAUUUGAAGCCAUUAAAAAUAAUCUUUCAACUCCUGAAGAAAAGUUUGAAGCUCUUGAUACCAAUAAGGAUGAAUUUUUAGAUGUGAAGGAAUUAUUACCCAUGCUUAGUUACCUCAAGCCUGGAGAAUUAUCAUAUGCUAGAUAUUAUGCUAGCUAUUUGAUCCAACAGGCUGAUGAUAAUGGAGAUGGUUAUUUAAGCCUUGAGGAGAUGCUGGAUCAUGAACAUACAUUCUACACCACUGUGUAUGACAAUGUUGAUUUGUAUGGUGAUGAUGACCACUUCCAUGAUGAACUUUAAAUGUGAUUAAUAUUUUUUUAGGGAGAUUAUAGUUUAUUACAUUAAAUUGUAGUAACUAUAAUGCAUAUAAUUAGCCAGAAACAAUUGUAGAAGGGAUGUAAAAUUAAAUUAAAUUCAUUCAUGACGUGCUUUUUUCUUUU